UGUAAACUACAUAUCCUUUUAUUCCUCUUAUUUCAUUACAUGGUCCUUCUUCUUAUUUUAGCUAAGCUCGUUUGAACGCUCGAAUCGAAUUUUUGAUAGACUGCGUUUGCAGGCUCUUGCAGAAUUUGAUGAAAAGUUACGAGAGAAAGAUGGUGUGAUCGAAUCUCUUUUGCAACAGAAUGAGCAACUUCGACGGGUGGUCACACAAAAACAUUCUGAAAGUGUCGACUACUUCUCUCGAUUGGAAUCUGCUUUAGCUCAUGUGGCUGUUCUUGAAGAAAAAGUAGCAACCAAUGAGCAGGCCACACAGGCGCUAGUAAGUGAACAAAGUGCUCGCGAGAAAAUGUCCCGCGAACUCCAGAGGCUCAAGGAGCAUCUACUUCUCGUAGAAGAGACUUCAACAACUGAAGCUGUAGAAGCUGAAAAAAGGGAAACAGACUUGAGAGAACAAAUUCGACUUUUGCAACAAUCGGUUAAUGCUGCUGAUACCGAUGCCGCUAAAACUUUAGAAAGCAUGAAGACCGAACUCUCGACGCUACAAGAACGAGUUGUGAUUGCGGAAGAAUCAGCUGAAGACUGGAAGUCGCGAUUUGAAACUGAAAAACGAUUACGAUCCGAAACGAAUGACGCCUUGACAAGUUUACAGGUGCAGUUGCUAACUCGUAGUCAAUCAAGCAUAGUAAUACUUUAUGAAUGA